AUAUCCACCAAAUCGUAAUAAGGGGCUCGCGUCCGUUGGAAGAAAAUAAAUAUCUGACAGCCUGUGUUGGUGACUGAGAUACGGAGUUAACGAGUGAAGAGGGAUAUGGGUUUAGCUUCAACGGGAGCCCCUUGGUUUCGUGCUUCAAUGAGCUCCAGCACCUUCAGCCUUUUGUCUCCUAGAAGCCCACUCUCAGUACCAAUAUCACCCUCUCUCAACGUCUGCUUAUCCUCUGCUCUCCUCUCUUGCAACUGUUUAUCUUGUGCAUAUUGGAAGAAGUCUGCAACUCUUGACUGUAAAGCUUCAGUUUAUGUUCAGAGAAGAUGCACUCUAAAUUUUAGAAGAUCAGUUACAGAGAAUAGAGUAAGAAAGGUAUCAUGUAGCCUAUUGAAAGUUGAAGAUGGCAUAAACGAUGAGGCAUGCGAGUUAGUCAGUGGAGUGGAACUUUCACUUGGGGAGGGUGCUGAUAACAUCCAAGCGUAUCUCUUCAAGGCAGUUAAAAAUAAUAAUGGAACUGGCAUACUGCUCUUGUCUGAUGUUUUUGGGUUUGAAGAUUCUUCUACAAGAGAGUUUGCAUAUCGUAUUGCUUGUAAUGGUUACAAUGUUCUAGUUCCAGACUUAUUUCGUGGAGAUCCAUGGGGAAGAGACAGGCCAAAGGCUAUGUUUGAAGAAUGGAUUGGUAGACAAGAUCCCCAGAGGGUGGCCAAAGACAUUGAAUCAUCAACAAAAUGGAUGGUGGAUGAAUUUGUUGCUGCAGGAAUCUCAAAGAAGCUUGGCAUAAUUGGUUUUUGCUUUGGAGGAGGGCGGGUGAUAGAGGUGCUGGCCAGAGACGGGGGCGCAUGUUUUGGCAUUGGGGUCUCUUUUUAUGGUACCAGGAUGGACCCAUCUAUAGCUUCUAAGAUAAGUGUUCCUGUACUGUUUAUUUCUGGGGACGAUGAUCCACUUUGUCCUGUCAAUGUCUUGAGGGAUAUGGAGAAGAGCAUAGGUAGCGGAGCCAAGGUAGUGCUUUUCGGGGAAAGAGGACAUGGGUUUGCCCACAGGCCUGCAUCUCCUGAAGAAGAUGGAGAUGCAGAACAGGCUUUCACGAUGAUGAGAAACUUUCUGUACGAUGGCUUGGUUGUAAACAACAACUAAACGGCUUGGUAAUUUUAUAAUCAUGUCAA